CGGACCGUGAGGCACUGCUGGAUGACGGAGACCCUGUUGACAGACGACCUCUCUCUCCAACUUCAGUUCGGUGACCUUGUUCCGCGUGUCAUGAAGGUCAAGGCCGAUGGCGUCCGACGACCCCCGCUGCUGCCUGCUCCUGUACUUCUACACCUACUGCCUGGCCCUGGGCACCGCCUGCAUCUCCGUCAUCCUCGCCUGGACGGAGCAGGCCUCCCUCCCCUCCAGCCUCCUCAUGACGUCAUCCCUGACCCUCAGCGCCGGCACCAUGGGGGCGCUGGCCGCCCUGUCCCUCGGGCCUAGCACGGAGGUCAAGGUCAAGGCGCGGGCGGUGCUGACCCCGGUGGGGUUGGUCCUGACGGCUCUACUACUGGGUGCCGGGACCUUCGUGACGGACACCGCCGCCCCCCUCUACUACGUCUGCGGGCUGCUCUCCUCCGGCCUUCACCUUCUCACCUGCUGCGUCCACAUCGUGCAGACGAUGCAAAAACGGCGCCCACUUCCGGCGAGGCGCGCCUCCAUCUUGUCCUUCGAUUACGCCGACACGCCCAGCCACGUGGUCGUCUGCACCAUCGCCAUCGAACGCGCUGACCAGGCCCGGUCAUCAAUUCCAGAGCCCGGUCUAAAUGGCACCAGAGUCAGACAACCCCCGCGGUCGCCGAUAGAUCAACUCGGGGUUUACAAUCUCCCCGCGUUUCAAUCUGCGGCUAAAUAUAGCUCCAAGCCGCCCGAGUACGCGGAUAUCGUAGGGGAUUCCCCGCUCUCCGCGGGCAACCCGCCCUCUUAUAGUGACGUCAUGCUUCACCGCCUAAACACGGGUGACAAACAGCUUGCCGGAGAAAAUAAAACAAUCACCGCAUAACUAUACGACACAUACCUAAACACGCGUGGUAUGGAGGAAAUUGAUUCGUUACCGAAUCUUCAUUCCGGUAGUGUUUUUGAAUAGUUUCUAUUUAUGGUAACAUCACGUCACGUGUGAAGCGUGUGUACAAACAUCAGUGAGGAGACAUUUUUUUUUAACCAGCCGCCACGGUCAUGUGAUCAAUUGUUGCCAGUUCAGCUGUUUUAAUUAACUGUAACUCUAACCCAGAUAAUGGAUAUUUCAUGUA